CUACACUGCAAGCCUGCAGCCGGCGAUUAUUUAUUUAUCAAUUCUGAUUCCGACACUAAAACCAACCAAGAGGGAAUCAUGUCAGCACAAAUCAGAGCGCGUGCAGAAAUCCCUGCAUCCAGACGCCUAGGGAAGUCUGAGUAUCUGUGUUCGUGUCUGUGCAGCAGCAUUGCAUAAGUCGGCCGUGCAGGUUUUUAUGCUGCAUCGACAACAAAACUAGAAUCAAAUCCUCUCCCUUCGGAGAGGAUUGUGCUCGGGUGUGUGUGCGUGCGUGCAUCGAUACAUAUCUUAGCAGACCGACAAGAAGCAAUAAGCUGCUUAACCCUACGCUGACUCAGUGCUCCGACAGCUUCUCUCUUCCCGAGUUGAAGGGAGGAAAACUUCAAUCAACAUUUUUCUUUGACUGAGAGCCAACCAGCAUGGGAACUCCAGUGAAAAGUGUCUCCCACACUAACAAGCAAACACGUUUCAGCAGAAGAGGGACUUUAGAUUAGGUGUCAUUAAGGAAAGUUAGAGACCACUUGUGCGGUUUUUAAACUAAAAUUUCCUUUCUGACGUCCAAGACAAGUACAAACGUCUUUUAACUGAGCUCCGAUUCCUGUUAUCCGUCUGUGGAUCUAUCCAGCGACUCUUCAAACCACGUUUGAUGCCUUCCAGCAGGUAUGACUGGUCCUAAAUGGAUAACUUACUAAUCCAAUUUCAGCGCAGCGUCCGGCUAGCUCAGCAGCCCUCGUGGUGCGCUCUAAGGAAGGCAGCUGCUCAGAAUGAAAGGACUGAUAUUGUUUAUUCUCGCUGUCGUGAUGCUCACCGCUGCUCGAGGUAAGACGACGUUCCCAGAGUCAGAAGGCGUUUUGUUUUCUUUUUAAGGUUACCUUCGCGUAGACGCACACAUUAACCCAACGGCAUGUUUGUGUCUCAAACUAUUGUUCAACCUUACUGUCGCCACAGUUACUCACCAGCAAUGAACUCACACACGUUGGUGGGUGAUGAUAUAAAAAGGGUCUGAUUACAGAUCCCUCAGGUAACGAAAGCCAAACAGAUAAACAGGUGAGUCAUUCAAAAGCUUGUUUUCUGACUAAUGUGAUGUUUCUCCUCACAUUCCGGGACCGUAAACACUCUGAAAGUUUGUUUAUCACAGUAGUUCCUAAGCUCCUCGCGUCUCCAGAGUCUCGUUCCAGUGAAGAAAUGGUUGUUAGAGUUGGAGAAAAAAGUCCACGACUACAGAAGGCGACUUUACUUCAGUAACUUUAAACUUUCUCCAUCAAGCGUAGCGCGAUAACUGGCAUCGGACUGGGACUCGGAGUUUGUAAAUCUCCCUUCUCUUUUGUCUGCUGCUUAGCCGGAGCUAGCACUAACGAGAUCAAAAGGGAUCAGGGUUCUGAGUCUCGGUGAAACGUAUCCGAGGGUGAGCUGGAACAGAUCUGAAACUGCGUCUCUGCUGGAGGAAACACGUUUGUGCACGGCAAAGGCGACCUGACAGAUCUUUGAACUUGGAGCAUCCCAGAAGUGGUAACGAUAGCUGAGAGAAGAAGUUUCUGGUAGCUCUACUCGGUGUCCCGUUAAAAACUCUGCUGCGCUCAGAGAAACGACUUCCAGACUGAUGCAGAAUAAACAAAACACUCGUUUCUGGGAUGCUUCGCUUGAUUUAAUGUCUCAGAAAACAACGUAUCAGACAGACGGCUGCAUCCAAACCCACUUCAGCCGCGCUUCAACACGGUAAUCUUUAUAUUUCACCCUCUGCGGUCGGGGCCGAGACGUCCCUACUACAGCCAGGGGACGUAGCCGUCGCUGCUGCACUGCUCAUCUAAAACAACGGAAGUUAUUACGAAUGUUUAGUGGCAGCGAUGAGCUUCGUGUGUUUAUAAAACACCCUGAACGGCGUUCUUUGGGGUCAGGUGAGGAAGAAGAGCAGCUGGAGCCACUCAUGGGGGCGGCGGGAUUAGAACCAGAGGAAGAUUAUCUGGAGUGUUUUCGAUGUGAUCUGGGCUUCUGGGAUGCGUGCUACACGACGGAAACCAACUGCAGCCACGGGGAGCUCUGCUACACGGGCCGAGGGAAGGCAGCUGAUGCCCUGGAUGUAAAGAUGCUGGGGUGUGUAAAAGCUGCUGAGUGCGGCGCAGAGACGACGCUGGAGCUGCUUUUUAACAAGACCGUCUUUGUUAUGACCAAAGAAUGCUGCAACACACCUUUCUGCAACGCAGCGCAUCAGAUUCGUCUCUACACGCUUCUGCAUCUCUGCGUGGCUUUAAUGACUACAUGGCACCUCGCUGAAGCCUCGCUGGGAUAAAACCUAACACUGGUUUUAUAAAAAGCACCAUGUGCAGAUGUGCUGGAAGGACUUGAAGCCUGUUUUAUAAAUGUUUUUGUAUCGACUCAAGGACAGCAAAAUUAAAACAGUAUAAUCAAGUUUUUAUACAAUUUAUUGUUGAAUAAAACAAACCUAUGCUGUUUCCUCCACAUUAAACACACGGGACGAUGCACAGUGCACCGAAAACAAACUGUCGUUGCUACACCAACCACUGAACCCCGUAUAAAUGUGUUUAAAGUCGAAUUGUUGUUGUUCUGUCAGAAGAUGAACCCGGGUGGAAACACACUGACCACAGAGCCGUAGAAACCCUCAGCUGUGGUUCAGCAGCUCUCCAGCAGAGGGCAGGACGUCAUCUUUCAUGAAACUCGGCAGAUCCAAGUCUUUGUCCUCCAGGUCAAGAUUCAGGAACUUCUCCACCACCGAGCUGCACCUGUCAGACACACACACACAGCUUCCUGUCUCACACACAGAUGCUUCCUUGUUAUUUUACGUGAAUAAAGUUCAACAAACCUC